CUCCUUUCCUCCCUGAACUAUACUUGGUACCUGAGCUCCCCCAGCUCUCGUAUUCAAGAGUUCCAUCUAACCCAAGACUUUUAUAGUCUUCCUUUUCUCUUUUUUUUUUCUUUUUUUUCAAACCUGCGCCGUUGAGAUACGCGUGGUUUUUAAAACCUCCCUCCCCCUCCAUCCAACCAAUCCAUUCACCAUGUUCGGAGGAGCCGAUCCCGAUCUCGAAAAAGCCCCCCAGGUGGGCAAGACGCCCAUGGACGACACCAGCGAUGGCGCCGUCCCCGGGGAGAGCUUCAUGUACGGCAACUCGGUCUACGCCAAGUUGCAGCGUCUGGCCGGAAAGCUCAGUGUGGAGCAGCGUGGUGUCGAGCGUGUGCCGGACAACGAACGGACCGAUACCUCCUACCUCAACAUUAGCAGCAUGUGGCUGGCGGCCAACCUGGUAGUCAGUUCUUUCGCUAUCGGUGUCCUUGGAUAUUCCACCUUCGCCCUCGGCUUUGUCGAUGCCGUCCUGGUCUGCAUCUUCUUCAACCUGCUGGGUGUUUUGACCGUUUGCUGGUUCUCCUGCUUUGGUCCUGCCUUCGGUCUGCGCCAGAUGGUGCUCACCCGGUUCUGGUUCGGUUGGUGGCCUACAAAGUUCAUCGCCCUUCUGAACGUUCUGUCCUGUUUGGGCUGGUCGGCCGCCAACUCGAUCGUCGGUGCUCAGCUUCUCAACGCCGUGAACAGUGAUGUCCCUGGAUACGCUGGAAUUCUGGUCAUUGCCGUCUGCACCCUGUUCAUCACUUUCGCCGGAUACAAGGUCGUCCACUUGUACGAAUUCUGGAGUUGGAUCCCGACCUUCAUUGUCUUCAUGAUCGUGCUGGGCAUGUUCGCCCACUCCGGAGAUUUCCGCAACCUCCCCAUGGGAGUCGGAACGUCCGAGCUCGGCUCCUGCCUGUCUUUCGGUGCCACUGUCUAUGGUUUCGCCACGGGCUGGACCAGCUAUGCCGCCGAUUACACCGUGUACCAGCCCUCGGACCGCAGCCGGGUCAAGACCUUCUUCGCUGCCUGGGGUGGUCUGAUCCCUCCUCUCGUCUUCACCCAGCUCUUGGGUAUCGCCGUCAUGACCGCUACCACCAUCAACGGUGGUGACAACAAGUACCAGACCGGAUACCUCCAGUCCGGGAACGGUGGUCUGCUGGGCGCGGUUCUCGACCCCCUCGGUGGAUUCGGCAAGUUCUGCCUGGUGAUCCUCUCCCUCUCCAUCAUCGCCAACAACUGCCCCAACAUCUACUCCGUCUCCCUGACCCUCCAGGUCCUGAGCCGCUACUCCCAGCGCGUGCCUCGCUUCGUCUGGGUUUUCAUCGCCUCCUGCGUGUCCGUCGGUGUCGCCGUCCCCGGUUACUCCCACUUCGAGAUCGUCCUGGAAGAUCUGAUGGACUUCAUCGCCUACUGGCUGGCCAUCUACUCCGGUGUCGCUCUGGCCGACCACUUCAUCGUCCGUCGUGGCUUUGGCGGAUACCGUCCCGAAACCUACGAUCAGCCCGACAAGCUCCCCUACGGCAUUGCGGCUUCCAUCUCCUUCUGCUUCGGUGUCGCCGGUAUGAUCACCGGUAUGAGCGAGACAUGGUACAUUGGACCCAUCUCCAUGAAGGCCGGUGAGGGUGAUGUCGGUUUCGAACUGGCUCUCCUCUUCUCCUUCGUCAUCCACGCCAUUCUGAGACCCAUCGAGUUGAAAAUGCUCGGGCGGUAAACAGAAAAAAAAAAGUCUAUGGGUGGCUUCUUUUUUUUUUUUUCUUUUCAUUUUCAGUAAUUCUUUUUAUAUAAACGAAGGGUAUGAGUUUUUGGGAUAUAAACAAUGCUUGGGUUGGUAGGGGGGUUUUUCUUUUCUUUUCUUUUCUGUCAUGUCUGAUUUUGGAAGAGAGAUCGACUGACGAUGAAUGUCGGUUUUUGUCACUCGGAAACGGAAACCUGGCUUGGCUGGCUGGCUAUACAACCACUGCUAUGAUGUUGGCUGAGCUGGUCUUAUGUAUAUAGAUGUAAUCUUGGAUCCUAAUAUACCAAUAUACCAUUCCGUGCAGAUGCGCCGGAGAUGAG